UGCAUCGCAGUGAUCAUGGCUCGUUUUUUUUGCUGAAUUCAUGGUCAUACUGACAACCUUUUCUCUAGUCGAGACGAGAAAAAUCGGUACAAUCAAACAACAAAGGCGUAGCUUUAACAUAAACAUACAGUGAGAAAUCAAUCGCAUGAAGUACUAUAAAUAUCGACUGAUAAGAAUAAACUGUUUUGCUUCAUCGUGAAGUGAUAUAAUUUUGUGAAAUCAAAAUGUCAACUCCUGCCAGACGACGUCUUAUGAGGGAUUUUAAACGCCUCCAAGAAGAUCCACCAACUGGUGUUUCAGGAGCUCCAACUGAUAAUAAUAUUAUGAUCUGGAAUGCUGUAAUAUUCGGACCUCAUGACACUCCAUUUGAGGAUGGUACAUUUAAAUUAACUAUUGAAUUUACCGAAGAAUAUCCAAACAAACCCCCCACAGUUCGUUUUGUAUCUAAAAUGUUUCAUCCUAAUGUCUAUGCUGAUGGAGGUAUAUGUUUAGACAUAUUGCAAAACAGAUGGAGUCCUACCUAUGAUGUUUCAGCAAUUUUAACUUCUAUACAGUCAUUAUUAAGUGACCCCAACCCAAAUUCUCCAGCAAAUUCAAUGGCUGCCCAACUUUAUAAAGAGAAUAGGAGAGAAUAUGAAAAGCGGGUCAAAGCUUGUGUAGAACAAUCAUUUAUUGAUUAACAAGGCGCGCAUGGGAGCUUGGGCCCCUAUAUCAAAUAAUAAAAAUGCUCUACCCAACAUGGGCUGAAACUGUUAUUCAUUGGGACAAGUGUGUAAAAUAACAAUUACCAUUACAUUGCCAAAUGUACCAUUACUGCCACUUUAGCCUGGGCAGGAAUAAUAAAUAUACAUAAUUUUUGGUAUAAGAGUUCCCAUAAAAUCUAAAUGUUAGUAGAAAUAAAAUAUAGCAUUAUGUAUUUCACUCUUUAAUGUUUUAUUCUCAUUGUAGAAUCAUAGUAAUCAAUACUGCAAAUAUGUAACCAUUUAAAAUAGGCAAUAACUGCAAAUCAAUGGUAUAAAAAGUAAACACCAUUUCAUACUUUAGAUACAAAAGAUAAUAAAUUUUAUUAGAGACCUUUGUAAAUCAGUUUCUUAGUUAAAUUUAUGUUUUCAUAAAUCAUUCUUACUGUUAAUUUAAUAAUCUGAUAAGAAUUUGAUAUUAAUUAAUUUUCUCAUGUGUUUUAAAAAUUGUUUACUUUCUCACUACUCAUCAUACAAUAUGUAUUUUUUUUUGUUACUCUCACUGAUAAUAUAUUUAUAAGUAAAUUGUUGGAUUGCAAUAAAUCUAAUAUAACAAUUUCUCAA